UUUCCUGGGCCUCUUGGUUAGUGGUUCGCUGCCGAGGGACGUGAAGUGAAGACACAUACUGAGAUAAUAGUAAUACAGACCGGGUCGUGACUAUUACUAUCACCAUUAUUCAAUUUUCCACUGUAAGGAUCCAGUGGGAUUGUAGCGAAAAUCUAAACAUGCAUGUCAGCGUGUUACCACGUGGCGGAAGGAGCCCACGUGUGCCCGCUGACUGCUGCUGGGGGACGCGACUGUUUACUAAAAGCGGGACUAGAGUUAUUACAAAUAAUGACCGUGCGAUAUGAUGGUGAAGAACUACUUUGAGUUAAGCAUUUAGCAGCGUUUCAACAGUGCUAAAUAAUGCAACAAAAGCCGUCGCAUUCAAAUUUGAUACCGAAUGCAGACGAGAAAGAUGGCCGCUACUGAUUCAAGACUGGUUUUGAAUGUAGAAGGUGGACUCCCUUGAUGGUGCCAUGUUACCGGCUGGACUGGACCAGGCUGGACUGGACCAUGGACACUACCUAACCUGGACAUGGACAAUGCAUCUAUUGAAGAUGGUUUGAAGCACACGUCAUGUGACCGGCUUGAAGUGAACAUCUGGAUCAUUCUGAUGGAACAGACAUCAUUACCCUCUGUUGAAGAUGGAUUGAGGCCCAUCGUGGGGACGUGACCAACUUGCCGUGAACAUUUGGAUCCUCGAUUGAUGCACACCUCCUUCCCUUUAUUGAAGAUGGUUUGAAGCACACGUCAUGUGACCGGCUUGAAGGGAACAUCUGGAUCAUUCCGAUGGAGCAGACAUCAUAACCCUCUAUUGAAGAUGCUUUGAGGCCCAUGAUUGUCAUGUGACCGACAUUACGUGAACAUUGGGAUCCUCCAAUGGCACAGACCUCCUUCCCUCUAUGUAUAAACCCUGGCAGAGCAGGUGCCACUUGAGGGAUGACAUCCAACAAGUAACGGAUUGAUUACAAACAGGAAACGACAAGCCUGUGUUGACUUGUGCCGUUUUUGGAAGACUAGAAAUUCAUCAAACUCAAUUAAGAGGUGUUAUGCUGAUGUGCUGCCCUACACCUCUAUGAAAUGUCCUCUAUUGAAUCUGUCUAAUAAUAAAGACUUUGAUAAAAAAUCGAAUUGUACUGUUGGAUUGAACAAAUGGUUAGUCUUGACUGGGAUUUUCAGAAAUGAACACUGUUUGUGAAAUUACCUUAAACUGCACUUAAAUAAAAAGUUACUAAAUCAAUUGGCCUGUACAGUUUUGUAAAUGCUAUAAUUUAAGUUUCUGAAUUAUGGACGAAGGUUUUAAGGCGCUAGUAACGCAAAUGUAUCGAAUUUUUUUAUUGUAUUUUAUUAAAUGCUAUAUUUAAACCCAAGGCUGGACAUUGUUCAGAUCCCCAAUGCCUUGCAGUAAUGUGACUGUUAAAAGGAACGCCUCCAGCAGUGGAGUUCAAACCGGAUGCUGCUUUAGUUUCCGGUAAGGUGGGAGCUGGUCGUAUGUUGACAUGGCAGUGAGUCCCUUCUGACCGGUCCUUUCUCAUGGAUCAUCUGUCUACACUAAUUCUAAAACUUUGGACAACGAUUGGUAGAUUAUAGCCAAAUCGUAGAAUUUCCGUCAUGCUUUAAUAUAAACCUGAUGGUCCAGUCGAUGAGAUUACGUCAGUCAGCAAGGAAAGAGGACGGAUCUGCAUGAAGAUCAUCUAACAUCUGACGGAGCUCCUUACUCAUUAGCUCCUCAGCUGCUGUCCUUUAUUAACACAGAGGACCUCCCGCUGACAGUCGUAGGUUCCUUUAUUUGUCGGGGUUUGGAUUGGCUGAAAUCUUCUCCUGGAGAAGAACAAAGGUUUUCGAUCCACUCAGAAGACCAUGUUUAGAGGCCAUCGUGUGGGCAUCCAGGGAAUGUGUUCGGAUCGAUGUUUGCUUUUAGUUUAACGCCGAUUGAUAAGCCCUCUGCCCCCGGCGUCUAACUCGCCUUCACAAGAAGGAACAGUGGAGCCGUUGUCUUGGCUGACAAGUAAACACUGAGCGAUCUAGUCCACUAAUAAAAGGGACAUCAUUUUUAGAGUUGGUUAACAAGAUUUGAGAACACUAUUUUUGGAAAUGACAGCUGUAAUCGGAAAGGUGUGGGGUUGGGUGCGUCCCACGUUCUCAUACCGUCUGUGGGGUAGAAGUGCCGAGUCAGAAAAUACCUCAAUAGACUGUGUGACAACUGAGAAGAGGCGCUUCUGGAGCCUCAGUAGUUUAAGUCCUUGGGCCUGGGCUAACUAUCAAAAGGACCAAUCAAGUGGAGCAGAAGAGUUUUGGGAGGCCCAUGAGAAAUUGCAAUCCGUGGAUUUGACAGAUUUUGGGGCAGGAAAGCAGGAAUUGGGGAAAGUCGAACAUGCCCCCAGUUGGUGGAAUAAGAUCAUACCAUUCUCUUUCUCGCCAACAAAAACCGAAUUAGGUGGGCUUAGACGACGGAAAUGCGAAGAGGCAUGGGACAAUGAUGCAGACUUCUCCGAUUAUGGAACACCUCCACCAUCCCCUACACCCCCUACUCUCACCCGGGUGUGGUCCACCAUUGGCCUGUUUGUACACAGCUGGAAAGGGGAGAUCUUGCCCGAGCAUUAUGAAAUCUGCUUCAAUUUCCUGCGCCACCUCUUUGACCUUGUUGUGGUUGGCUUCCUGUGGACCGUGUCCCCGCCAACCAAGCUGAUCCUGGAGGUGCUUGGGGUCCAAGGAGCGUUGAGGCUGUGGCUUCAUGGGAUGGCCAUGUUCUUUGUUUCCACGGUUGGGAUGGGAGGGCUGCUUUGGGUGAUCCAGGAGUACCUUCCCCAGUUUGCGCUGCUCUUUGGCAUUGCGCAAGCUCUGGUCAUCUCUGUCAGUGUGAAGCAGAGUGUGAUCUUGGGAGGAGAGCUGGAGGAGGACCAAGAGGAUAUUCAUGAGCGGGCCAAGGAGGCUUUGAGUGACGAUGAACAGCAUGAUGACCACCAUGGCUCUUCAAUGGACACGGCACAGCACUGAUUCAAGUAGGCGGCUUCUGGAUGCAAAAUGAAUGGGUGUAUUAUGGGAUACUAACUCAAAGAUGUAAUAAAACCACCUAAUUGUUUGAAGUGGAUUAUUGCCAAGGAGCAAAGAAAGCCCUAUGGAAAACAUUUCACUGCUGGACUGAGGCUUUAACGCUGUGCUUGCUUCACUUUAUUCUUAACACGACCACGGUACCUUGUUUAAACCAAGCUUUGCUAACAAACGUUGUGGACGAUUUUAAGUGAUUUCCUGUCGGCCCUCAACCUCUACAACAAAAGGAUGUUCCGUGGUUGUUUUUCAUGGUCUGCUGUUUUUUGUCUGUUAACACUACAUACCAGCACUUAUUAAUACAUGUUCUUGUACAACUUAUGCAGUAACCUGUGCCAUAACAUUGUUUGUGUGAUUGAUUAUUGAUGGAUGUCUGAUUACACAUUUCUGGAUCUAAGCGAUGUAACAUGAUGGGUUUUGUAAUCAUGUGUGUUUAUAUUAAUAUAUAUAUAUAUAGGUAAUAAGGCCAUACAAUGAUUAAGGAAAAAUAGCUGAAUACCAAAUGCGGACUUGGUAUGCCAUAGCACAUUUUGCACACCACACCUUUUUCUAAAAUUAAGGAAUUCAAAGUACCUGGUAUUUUCCAAUUGCAUGGGCCUCUGAUCUACCUGUCAUGUCAACAAGCAUUUUAAGUUUUAAGCAUGCAUCACACCUGUGGUCUCUUUAUGUAACAAACUAGUGCAAUGUUUUGUAUUUGUCUUAACACCAAAAUACUUUUUUGCUUGGUCUCUGCCUGGUCGUCUUACUACAAUUGCCUUGUAGGGAAUGAUAUUUUUGUAGUAUUUGAUUGAUACCCUUUUAACUUCUAGUGCUGGAUCACUGUAGAAACGGACAACUAGAGUUAUUGCCUUUGUAACACAUUGGUUAUGCUUGUCAUGAUAUAAAGCAAGUAGGAAUCUUUGGGGAAAUGUAAGUGUGUCCUGAAUUAAAUCAUAUUAUGGAAUUUCACAUUUGUACAAUCGUUCAUGAUAAAUAAAAUGUUUCAAUUUUUUUUCUACUUUGAAAUUGUAUUUGUUUUAAUUAUGUGGAAACUACAGGGCUUUGUUUAUGGGUAAACUUGUCUCCCAGAUAGUCUUUGGAUUUAAUAGUUGGUUGCCUGUACCCAUCUCCAUUUAAAUUUUAGUUUUUCAAUUUAUUAAGGCAAUUGAUUUACCUUGUUUGUAGUGCUCGGGAAAAUACCCUAGCGAAAUAUUUACAAAUGUUUUCAAGAAACAAGUCUAAUUCCAAUUGACCAGACAUUUCUAUUUCAGUUCAAAACCUUUAUUCACAUUAAAACCGCUCUAGAUUUUAUUCUGGUAUAUACAUGUGUUACAAGUACAAUGUUCAUUGGUCACGAUGUGUAUGACAUUUAUGCAAUCCACGGUUAGAUAUCAAACAUGAACAGGGUUGUUUUCAUUGGUUUAGCCAGCAGCCAUGCACCCAAAGCGUUGCCUGAUUUUAUCCCAUUAGAAUUUGUAGAACAAAGAAUUGAAACCCUAGAAGUGCUGCUUGUUUAUUCACUUGUCAAUCCUGAAUUUAUUUUCUGAAGUACACAGCACUAAAAGCACACAAAUCACCAGCCUCCAGCGCAAUAGACAGCUUUCAGAUUAAUACUGCAAUGUUGAAUUCUUCAUAACCAUGCUGGGGCGAUUAAUGGCAAUGUUUGGCGAGUGUCUUUAAAAAUAGAACAGCACAAACAGAUUAAAGGUAUUACUGACUCCUCCACACAGUUGUGCUGGAACAAAAGCACAAAUGUGUUCCAGCCUCUUCAAAAUAUAACACCCUGGUUGAUGACAUUCUUCUGUCCUGUUUCAAAUGUCUCAUGGAAAAGCAAAGGGCAUCAGUCACCUUGAUCUCCCUCAGUGCUGCAUGGAGAUUGAGCUCCUUGGCAUGAGACUGGACACCUAGGACAACCAUCUCCAUCUGUCUUUACACACCGUAGAUUGUCUACACAGGAUUGGAAAAUGCCUACUAAAAUGCGAAUUAAAAGCAACAUAAUUUGACAAUGAAAAAAAAUAUUAUUUGCUCAGACAAACUUUACAUGGCACAUGGAGUUGCCGGAAAUGGGAGCAUAUAAUACAGAUUUGAUAAAUUGACCAAUGAUUCAAAUAUAUUUUACGGUGCUUUGACUACAAUAGGUACAGUCAAAAUUAGGGAUGCACCAAAUUUUCGGCCGAGAAGUAUUUCUGUUUUCGGUUUCGGCCAAGAAUUUUCAUUUCGGUGCAUCCCUAGUGAAAAUUUUAUUUUAGACAUAGUGUUUAGAAGGUUGACUGUUUAAGAGUAAGACCAUCAGGUUUGUAUCGGAUUUCCCUCAGUUAAUAGUGAAAGGGUUUCCAUGGACUUU